CCCUCCCGCCGGGACAUCGCAAGUCGCAACCACACCUUCCACGGCCGCCACCGUUCGAUCGCCUGAGAAAUCGCCGGGCUACGCCGCGAAUCUGACCCCUGCUUUGUUCGGAGGUUGCGUCGAUCAUGUCUGGCGCGGGCGAGGAGGACAAGAAGCCAGCGGAGGGCGGCGCCCACAUCAACCUCAAGGUCAAGGGACAGGAUGGUAACGAGGUGUUCUUCCGCAUCAAGAGAUCCACCCAACUGAAGAAGCUCAUGAAUGCCUACUGCGACCGCCAGUCCGUUGAUAUGAAUGCCAUCGCAUUCCUGUUUGAUGGCCGUAGGCUCCGUGGCGAGCAGACCCCUGACGAGCUCGAGAUGGAAGACGGCGACGAGAUCGAUGCCAUGCUUCACCAGACCGGAGGCUGCCUGCCUAGUGCUUAGAAGCAGCUGCCGCAGCCUCGUUUUGCGGCUUGCUCUAUCUUCAGGAGUGAGUAAACUAGGGAAGUCUUAAGGAACUUGUGAAGCUCUGACUCUGUGUGCGCCAUUGCUGAAGGACAUUAGGUGCCUUGUUUAGUAGUAAAUUUGGUACUUUGGCUGUCAUGACUCGUUUAUCUAUUACCUAAUAUAUCCCGCAAUCGUCGUACU